AGAAACUACUGUGACUUCCCACCUUCGCAAGUGAUUAAAAAUGGCACUCUCCUAUCCUCUCUCCGUCUUUCUACUUCCAUUCUUCUUUGCUUAAUCGGAAAGAAAACGAUUUUGCCAAAUUAACGAUUUUGCCAAAUUCCAAGCACCAAAACAAAUGUCGCCGGCAAAAAUUUCCCGCCCAUGCCUCUAUUGUUCUUUCUACCUCCUCUGUUUCCUCUCCCUUUUCUCCGGUAUCCAUUCCGACGAGCUUCAAACUCUAUUGAAGGUAAAAUCCGCGCUCCAAGGAUCGAAUUCCAACGUCUUCAGUUCAUGGAAGUCCACCAAUUCCGUUUGCGAUUUCGCCGGAAUCACCUGCAACUCAAAUGGCUCCGUUAUAGAAAUAGAACUUUCUAAACAGAACUUACCUGGGAUUCUUCCCUUGGAUUCUAUAUGCGAGCUCCAUUCGCUGGAAAAGCUCUCGUUGGGUUUCAACCUCUUGACCGGUCCCAUCACGGAGGACUUGAAGAAUUGUGUGAAAUUGCAGUACUUGGAUUUGGGAAACAAUUUCUUCACGGGAGCGGUUCCAGACAUAUCUUCUCUCAGCAAAUUACAGCAUCUUCAUCUGAAUAACAGCGGAUUCUCCGGCACUUUUCCGUGGAAUUCGCUCCAAAACAUGACGGGUCUGGUCCGGCUCAGCCUCGGGGACAAUCCCUUCGAUCCUAGUCCAAUUCCAACCGAGGUGGUGAAGCUUACUAAACUGGAAUGGCUUUACCUCUCCAACUGCAACAUCCAAGGAACAAUCCCAGCUGGGAUUGGAAAUCUCAGAGAGCUAAUAAAUUUGGAAUUUGCAGACAAUAACAUGACCGGAGAGAUUCUCGAAGAGAUAGGAAACCUCGUGAACCUCUGGCAGCUCGAGCUCUACAACAAUUCGUUUAAGGGAAAACUUCCGGUUGGUCUAAGAAACCUCACGAAGCUUGAGAUGUUUGACGCUUCUAUGAAUUAUCUCGAAGGAGAUUUGUCGGAGCUGAGGUUUUCGAUCAAUCUGGUUAGUCUACAACUAUUCUAUAACAACCUUAGUGGGCGAGUGCCGACCGAGUUCGGGGAGUUUAAGAAACUGGUGAAUCUUUCGCUGUAUUCGAACAGGUUGAUGGGUCCUCUGCCUGAGAAGCUUGGAUCUUGGGCGCAGUUCGAUUUCAUAGACGUGUCUGAGAAUUUCUUGAGUGGUCCAAUCCCACCCGAAAUGUGCAAGCAGGGCAGAAUGAAGGAGCUUCUCAUGCUUGACAACAAACUCACCGGCGAAAUUCCCGCAACCUACGCCAACUGUUCCACUCUAACUCGUUUCAGGGUCAGCAAGAACGCGCUUACGGGUACCGUUCCCGCCGGAAUCUGGGGACUACCUAACGUGAAAAUAAUCGACAUCGAGUCCAAUAAUCUCCAGGGCCCGAUCACGUCCGAUAUCGAGAACGCCAAGUCUCUUGGGCAGCUGUUCGCCGGAAACAACAGCUUAUCAGGUGUAAUACCUGCCGAAAUCUCUGGCGCUACCUCACUGGUGUCGAUUCAGCUGAACGACAAUCAGUUAUCAGGAAACAUUCCUUCAGGUAUCGGUGAACUGGAGUAUUUGAACGUUUUUCAUCUGCAGAACAACAGGUUCACUGGUUCAGUGCCAGCGACAUUAGGCUCUUGUGGCUCUCUCAGUGACGUAAACAUGGCAAACAAUUCACUUUCGGGUCAAAUCCCAUCCUCUCUAGGACGUCUACCGACUCUUAACUCACUGGAUCUCUCCGACAACCAACUUUCAGGGACAAUUCCGGAGAGCUUUUCUUCUCUCCGGCUAAGCUUUCUCGAUCUUUCACACAACAGCUUGACCGGUCCCAUACCGCAAGCUCUAUCAAUCGAAGCGUACAACGGUAGCUUUUCUGGUAACCAAGGCCUCUGCAUCCUGGGCAUCACCUCCGUUUUCCCACGCUGUCCCUCCAGUUCCGGCAUUCCCAGAGACAUCCGGACACUCAUCAUUUGCUUCGCAGUAGGUUUGGCCAUCCUGCUUGUGUGUUUGGUAUGCUUCGUCUCCUCAAAGAAGGAGGAAAAAGAUCAAGACCGUUCGUUGAAGAACGAAUCCUGGGACCUGAAGUCCUUCCACGUGUUGAGCUUCACGGAGGGCGAGAUUCUUGGUGCUAUCAAGCCGGAGAAUAUGAUAGGAAAAGGUGGCUCCGGGAGUGUAUACAGAGUGCCACUCCCCAACGGCAAAGAGCUUGCGGUCAAGCACAUAUGGAAUGCAAAUUCAAGUCCCAAUCGCUGGAGAAAGAUUCGGAGCAGCGCCACGCCGAUUCUCGGGAAGCACUCUGCCGGAAAGUCAAAGGAAUUCGACAGCGAAGUGCAGACAUUGAGCUCAAUAAGGCAUGUGAAUGUGGUGAAGCUGUAUUGCAGCAUUACAAGCGAGGACUCGAGCUUGUUGGUGUAUGAAUAUUUACCAAAUGGAAGUUUGUGGGAUAUGCUGCACACGGGCCACCAUAAGAAGCAGCUCGAUUGGGAGACGAGGUACGAGAUCGCCGUCGGUGCGGCCAAAGGGUUGGAGUAUCUGCAUCAUGGGUGUGAAAAGCCAGUGAUUCACAGGGAUGUGAAAUCCAGCAAUAUACUUCUGGAUGAGUUCUUGAAGCCAAGGAUUGCUGAUUUUGGACUUGCUAAGAUUGUUCAGACCAAUGGUGGCAAGGAUUCCAGCCAUGUCAUUGCAGGAACACAUGGCUAUAUUGCUCCUGAAUAUGGGUACACAUGCAGAGUGAAUGAGAAAAGUGACGUGUACAGUUUUGGAGUGGUUCUGAUGGAGCUGGUGACCGGAAAAAGACCGAUGGAGCCGGAGUUCGGGGAGAACAAAGACAUAGUGAAUUGGGUUUCAGUCAAUCUAAAGAACAAAGAGAGUGUACUAAGUGUUUUGGACUCUCAAAUUCCAAAGGCUUUCGAGGAAGAUGUUAUCAAGGUACUGAGAAUUGCAAUUCUUUGCACAUCAGCAUUUCCAGCUCUUCGGCCCACAAUGAGAAGUGUUGUCCAAAUGCUAGAGGAAGCUGAGCCUUGCAAAUUGGUAAAAAUUAUCAUCACCAAAGACGGUGGUGAGAGUAAGUGACUGACAAAAAAAAAUGAAGUUUAUUACUUGACGUGACUUAAUGUAAUAUAUUAAAUAUAUUUUAAAUAAAAAAGAAGUUUAUAAUAUGUUAUAUUAUAAUAAAUUAUAUUAGUUUGUAAAUUUACUUUUUUAAGAUAUAUUUAAAAAUUAAACAUUUCUUUUGUAAAAUAGUAGUUAGAGCGUGCAUGUCUUUUUCAUAUUUGUAAAAUUAGAAUGUAAUGUAACAUAGAUGUAUGGAAAACGAAACUAAUACACAGUUUCGUUCAAUAAAGUCAUGUCUUCCUUGCAAUAAUAUAAGUUUUAUAAUAUCACAUCAAAUCCAGUGUAUUUUAAA